ACGAUGCUCAUGGAAACCACAAGUUGCAGCAGUGCAAACAGAAAUAGAGUGAGUACACAAGUUCUGACAUAUAGCACACUGCUUGAUUCAUGAUAAGAUCAGUAACGUGCGUUAUUUCUCAUUUGAUUGUUAUUAAUAUUAAAAGAACAAAGUUGUUUCUGUUGAGGAGUAUGCUCAAAGGACCCCGGCCUGACUGUUUUCUGGGAGAUGGAACUGUUCAGGACGGCAAUACUUCUGCCAGUUCUGGUCCUCUCUCAAGCCUUUCUAAAUAAAGACCACUCUGUUCCGGGGAACUUCUCUGGUUCGAGAGAGACUGAUGAGCAGAAGACAUCCAAUCUAACCAUAUCUCACCCCCCCAGGCUAUCUCAGCACUGCUCUGGGGUUGUCGAGGUGCUCCAUCAAGGGCUGUGGAGGCCAGUGACCUUUGACCUUGGGUCUGCAGAGUGGGCCAAAGUGGUGGAGGACAUAUGUACCAACCUGAGCUGCGGGGCAGUGUACGAGCGCAGACAGAAUGGCACAGCUACAUUAAACUACUCCAGCUCAACGUGUCUGAGCCAGUGUGUCUACAGAGACCUACUGGUGGAGAACUGUACAGAGCUCUCAUACACAGACUGCUCUAACCUGACUGAGAUAAUCUGUGGGCACCAGGCCGUGCGAUUGGCUGGAGGCUCACACCACUGUGAAGGACGGGUGGAGUUGUGGAGAGAGGAAAAAUGGGGAACGGUGUGUGACGAUAGUUGGGACCUGAGAGAUGGGGGCGUGGUCUGUGCUCAAUUGGGCUGUGGCUCUGCCCUAAAUGUGAGCGGGCAGGACGGGUCUUUUGAAGUGGGUGUUGGUCUGGUUCUCUUAGAUGAGGUGAACUGUGGGGGGAGCGAGAGGAACCUAUGGGAGUGUCCUUCCAUGGGGACAGUCAACGACUGUGGACACAAAGAGGACGCUGCAGUGGUUUGUUCAGGAAUUCCAUCUCAACCAGGCAACGAGACAGCAGAACAGAACACCCAGACUUCAACCACAGCAGGCUCAGUUCUACCAGUCACCAGUGCAGAGAGCUGGUCCUCUCCUCCCACAGCUGCUGUCUGGGGCUGCAUCGCAUUGUCUAUAGCCCUCCUCCUCACACUCCUCUCCAAUGCUUCACUCUUCCUGUCUUACAGGAGGAGAGCUGCACUUCUGGUUCACCAAAGACAAGAUGGACGUCUGCUGUCCAUCCAGUCUCAACACACUGACCGAGGGGAGAGAGUCAACCUCCUCACAGUCACCACAGACACAGCUGAUUACAGUGAGUUCCUACUGAUACACUUGUCAUCUCUGUGCCCUUUAGUUACUUGCAAUUUCAGGAAAUGUCUUAUUAGUUCAAGUGUCCCAUUUGUCAGAAUACAUUUUCUCUAUGUGGCCUUUCAUGCAGCUCCACAGUACCUUUCCCAACAACCCUCUCAGAAUGACACCGACGCCUUGUGUGACUCUGACUAUGAAAACUAUGACUUCAAUGACCAACCCUCUGUUGCCAUGGCUACUGCACUUGUCAGGGUCCUUGACAAUGGAGUAAGCACAAGCAGAGAGCCAUGGGAAACCACACAGACAGCAGAGACUUCUGACGCUCCUGAGAAAUAUAAUAUUAUUGCUGAGACAAUCAACGGCAUUGAGAGAAAAAACCCUGCCACCCAAAGUCUGCAUUCGCUGGUGUCAUCCAGCACGUCUUCUGGGGAAUGCUAUGAGAACAUUGAGACACUGGAGAAGGAGCUGCUGGACUCAGGUCCAGGUUUGAGGAGAACUGCCCUCACAGACUUGAUGUGUGGAAGAGAGCCAUCCUUGGGAUCGAGUAGUAGUACAUCAUCAGGGGAAUCCUACUACAACGUGGGGAUGGCAGUGGAACAGCAUCUACAGUCAGAGAACACCUAUACACAUUCCCCUGUGCAAUCAACCAGUACACACCAGGAUCAGCAACAGCCUGUGAACAGUAACUGCCACCUACUGAGCAGUCAAAAUCAAGAUGAUUCAAGCAGCUCAUCUUCCUCUGAGCUUUAUGAGAACAUAGAAGUCCAAGAUGAAAAGGGGAUUGGUGAUGUUACCGUGAAAGAAGACCCGGACCAGUCUCUUUCUGACAGUGACUACGAUGACAUAACAAAUUACUAGCAUUUCAUCGAACAUAGCAGUGAAGUGAGAACUAUAAAACUGAGUCAUUUACAUUUUAGCAGAUGCUAUUAUCCAGAAAGACAUACAGGAGCAAUUAAGUUUAAUUGCCUUGCUCAAGGGCACAGACAGAUUUAUUUUCACCUCGUUAGCGUGGGGAUUCAAACCAGCAACCUUUCGGUUACUGGCCCAACGGUCUUAACCCCCUUCGCUUCACCACUGCACAGAAUGACCAGCAUUGUGAACAAACAGCACUGUCACUCGUCAAUUCAACUAUGACUUGAUGUGAAUAGCCUAGUGUAUAAACGCAUAUGCAGAUGUUUUGUACAUAAUAUGAGCACGUUUUGCAAUCCAAAAUAUCUACUUCUGACCGGGCUAUCACAACAAAUGAAUGUCUAAGGAAGUUAAGCUUAUUUUUUUUGGG